GUAGAUUCCUGAUAAUGAUGCGUCCGUCUGGGUAAACGCUGCCCUCUCCUGGCCAAGCAGGCAACGCAACUGUACGUCUGGGUCCCGCUGCAGUUUUGAUUGCAUGCAAUAAACGGACCAUGGACUGCAGUGAAACCUGAGCUCAAGUUAAUCUUCUACCUGAAAACACUUGACAUUGAGAUUAAUAUUUGAGCUCUGUUUUAUGUGUUUAAAAUAUCCCCCAAAAAUAUGUGUCCAAAUUGGGCUUUAAACUGUGGAUAGAUUGUAAAUUGUAAAUAUUAGUUUAAAGGAAAAAUGUGAGAAGUUUAUUUAUUUAAUCUGAGAGAAGAAAGGAAAUGACGAACACACACACACCUGUGUGCCUAUUUUAAUUUUAAAGGCACAAUCCGUGUUCCAAACGUGAACCUGCUUUCACACAUGUGCGACCUCUGUUUCUAACGCAUGGAGGAAUUCUAGGCAAUUUGAGUUUAUGCUCACUUUUGUUAUUUUGCUUGUUUAUAUCAGAAAUAUUAGCGGCUGCAUAGAAUAUGUAUAAUUAAACUGUAAUUUAUUUUUUAUUAAUUUUAUAGUUCAGACCUUUAAGAUGUGACAAAAUUCUCAUAUUGAGGUUUAUUUUUUUGCUGGGUUGCAAGAGAUUGCGUGUUGCAGGUAGAUCAGAUAUACACACGACUGGAAGUGCCUUAUUCCUCGUGUACGGUCUACUGCAUAAACCUGGAUUUCAUAUUAAAUCAAACACAUGUAAUACGUGGCGGAAGGAAGGGCCAAUCCACGAGCGACGCUUGCGGGCGACAGUCCCCAUCGGGGUGUAUUUCACUUUCUACACAUCACAAAAAGCUGUUGACAGCGAAGGCAUACCGCAGCGCUUAUGAUUAACUGUUGCCCACUUGAAGCGACAGGUGUAAACCAGUGUAAAGUUUAAUGAGGGUUCGCUUACACCGCGGCUGCGGGCUUGCCCGUAAAAACAUAAUACAGUGCAAAAAAUGCGCGCGCCGGCAUACGCUCACACGCACUGAGAUUAGAGCCUGUGACACCUUGAGCCGGAAAAGGUCAGCGGGUGACGUUAAACUACUGUACACACACACACAAAGUCAGAGUCUAAUCAGGCCGCAUGUGGUCACGGACUCACGAACCUGCUCUGUCCCCAUUCCUGAACUGUAUAUGAAUUAGCAUAAACAAGAUUUCUAGGAACCUCAAGUCUUAGCUCCGUCAUUUCAUUGGCUGCAAGAGUUUGUUUAAAGAGGCCACAGGGUAUUACUGAAGAGAACGGCUCUUAGGCCACACGGAGUGAUUGAAUUCAAAGUCACAAAGGAUAAUUUCAUUGGGCAGCCACCUAUGUGAUUGCCCCUUACAGCACACAAGGAUCUAUCAGCAGAGACGUUGUCGUAUUUGUGAGUUGAAGCAACAAGUAGGGUGAAACACUAAUCCUUCAAACAACUCUGUUUUGGUUUGACACUACGUAAAAAAACUAAAAGAGGUUGAAAAGGUUAAAAUCCACACACACAUUGUAUUAAAAAAAAAAGAAUAAGAUGUAUGAUAUAGAGCACCGCACCAUGGGAUUAUCUUUCAAUAGAUGAAGAAAUUGUAUUUAUAACGAAUUAAAAAAUUGCCCAUAGCAAUUAAAAUGUGCCAGACGAGUCUGUGCAAACGGGUUUACCACAGGCCAGGUCGAAGCAAGCGCUCCCUCAUUUAAUUAGCCCGCGCUAAAUCUCUAUGAGGGAUGAAAUCAUCCCGACAGCAAUCCACACAAAUCCCCCCUCCUCAUUUAGAAAAAGUUAAAUCAGGCCACACGCCCUUGAUCUCCCAAAACGUGCACGGUCCAGUCACAACCACGUCUCGCUCGUAGCACCCCGGUAAAAAACCCAGCCGGGGCUGAGAGGACGGGCCCUUUUUUCAAGUUUGUGUUUGCGCGAGGAAUUGCUGCGACUACAACUUUGUAUGUCUGCGAAGGAUGGUUUAAUCCAGUAGGAAACACGCCAAGAACAAAAUGACUCUCGGGACAAAUCGGGGGCGGGGGGGGAUUUAGAGACUUUGGAGACAUGUGCACAGACAGCAAUCCUGCUUUGAGACAACCACUUUGCGGUAUGAGAUCAGAUAGAGAGAAGAGGAGGCGGAGAAAGCCGGAGAGGCGGGAAGAUCAGCGCCUCGCCAGCAGAGGACAGUUAGAUCAGCCGGACCCGCGGGACAAAACGGAGCACCGGAGAAGUUUCGCUCGCUUGCAGGCUUUCGGCUUCGGCAUUGAUGUGUGUCAGAGUGAGACUUUCACAGAACAAGAUAACACACAGCGGUGAAGAAGGAGCAAGAAGAGGAGCCCCGUGAAGCAUCCAGAACCUCCUAGCGUCGCCGUAUCGGGGCACCAUGACACAACAGGUCAGCGGCUCACCGUUCCUCAAGCCUUUCUUUCAAAAGGCGCCUCUCCGGAUGGUCAGAUCCCAGCAGCAGAGACGGCACACGCUCCCUGCCAGCGAGUUCAGGAACCUCACACCCCAAGACGCCAUCAGUGUGUUUGAGAUCGAGAGAGAAGCAUUCGUCUCCGUGUCCGGAGAGUGUCCGCUCACGCUGGACGAAGUGCUUAAUUUCCUGGGUCAGUGCCCCGAGCUGUCCCUGGGCUGGUUUGAAGAAGGACAACUGGUGGCUUUCAUCAUCGGCUCCGGCUGGGACAAAGAGAGGCUUUCGCAGGAGGCCAUGACUCAGCAUGUCCCGGACUCCUCCACCGUGCACAUCCACGUGCUGUCGGUGCACCGCCACUGCCGCCAGCAGGGCAAGGGCUCCAUCCUCCUGUGGCGCUACCUGCAGUACCUGCGCUGCGUGCCGGGCCUCCGCAGGGCCCUGCUGAUUUGCGAAGACUUCCUGGUGCCGUUCUACCUCAAGGCCGGCUUCAAGGAGAAAGGGCCGUCGGCCAUCUCCGUGUCCAACAUGCGCUUCCUGGAGAUGGAGCACACGCUGGACGGACAGGCGUACGCGCGGCGGAACAGCGGCUGCUAGCCCCUCGAAACCUCCCUCCACUCGGUCACCUCUGACACGGACUCGGAGCGGGCAAACAAAACAGCAGAUGGACAGAUAAAAGGGACUGGGUUCAGCAUCCGUCUCCCUUGAACACACUGAACAAGAAGCGAGGUUUUUGUGAAGGAAUUUUGUGGCAAAAUAAAAGAGUUUUUCUUUUUUUUCUUCUGCAUUUAAUAAUUUCUUAAUUUCAUAUGUCUUCUGUCUCCCGUAGGACAUCAGUUUUGCGAGCCCUGUGUUUUAUCUCCUCUCAUGUAUUUAUAAUUUCUAAUGAGGAAACUGAUUAAAUCUUCUCGUGUAAAUACAAUUCUAUUUUUGUAAACUGUAGAAAAGAGAAACGCUGAAUGAAGUAUUAGUCGUCAGAGCUACAUGCUGAUCAUUCGGCCACCAAAACACAUGUAUUGUUUGUUUUUUUUUGGACUUUUUAGUAGAAAUCUUUCUGUUCCCAUGUUGCUUACUGAGAAUAAAGUGUGACACAAUC